ACUUCGGCUAUCAAACGUUUCGCGUCCAUUUUUUCCUUGGCUCUCGUUUAUCAGAGAUAUAUGGAUAUUUUACAAUUUUAUUGUUCAACUGACCAUCAUCGUGAUUGAACGCUGAACGACUACAUCUAAAUGCAACAAACUUUAUCGACAAAAACGUCAUGGAAGGCUUUCAAUUGAUCGGUCAAGGUGCCGAAGCUCGCCUCUAUUCUGGAUAUUAUCUCGGCAAAUCCACUUUGGUAAAGGAACGAUUUGAGAAAAAGUAUAGACAUCCGGAUCUCGAUUCCAGGCUAACAAAGGAUCGUAUCAGAGCCGAAGCACGAGCAAUUGUUCGCGCCAAAGCUGCUGGUGUUUCAACGCCCACGUUGUUUCUGGUCGAUCUGGAUCGCAGGAGUAUUUAUAUGGAGUACAUCGAAAACGCCCGAACCUUGAAGAAUUAUUUCGAUGAGCGUGCGCCGCUACUGUCGGGCGAAGAAUCGCAACCAGAGUUACAAGAAUGUAUUUUUUUGGCCGAGAAGCUCGCUGGAGCGAUAGCUAAAUUACAUUCGAAAAACAUAAUCCACGGCGAUUUGACUACGUCAAAUGUGUUGAUUCGCGAGCCGAUCUCAGAGAAAGAAGAAGCGGAGGCGUCUCUCGUUCUCAUAGACUUUGGACUGGCACGAGUGGAGUCGACCACCGAAGACAAAGCUGUGGACUUGUACGUUCUCGAGCGAUCUUUGCUCAGUUCGCAUUCCGAAUUCACCGGCCUUUUUCCCGCCAUUCUCUCGCACUACGUCGACUGCAUCCGCGACAAAAAACAAAGACGGGAGACGAUCGCGAAGUACGAAGAAGUUCGAGCUCGGGGUCGCAAACGUCUCAUGGUUGGAUAAAUUUUUAAAAUCUUUUCCCCCUUCUUUAUUCAUUUUUUCACGAUUCAUGAUAUCUACAAUAAAAUGUAUUUGAAAAAUGAAUGUAUGCUGUAACGAGUAGAAAUCCCCCUGUGUUCUUCACCCCGAUUCGCAAUCCGAUCAGUCAAAAUGCAGACCUGAAUAUAUGAUGAUCCAAGUCACC